AUGACCGACGAAUAUUUUCAGAAGUAUCUUCUUAUGCUCAUAAAUAAGAGUGUGACGAUCAGACAAAAAGUGAUGCCGUUUUUGCCGAAAACUCCUCCUAAAAUGCUGCUGUGUAAGAACAAUCGAAUAAAAGAUUAUCAAAAUGCUCCAAUUUUACAUUUUGCAGUCGAAUCUGUGCUGCUGACUCCGAAAAACUGGACUGAACAUGUGAAACCGUUUCAGUAUGGCCAGAUCAAAAAUUGGGGAACGUACAACUGGACUGUCUCUGACAUUUUAAAAGACAGAUCAGCGAUUUUUGAAGGGAUACAAACAGAUGUUUGCAUCUCUGAACUUUUGCUGUUUUCCAAGCGAAAUACCGAGUGUUUCGUCAGUCCCUUUUGCCAAAAAAUGAUGCUGGGUUUGAGAAGUGAUUUUGGAUAUUUACUGACGCACAGGCUAUUGUAUCAGCAAAUUGUUGAAUUGAAAGGGUGUUUGUUGAAACAGUUUUCUAAGAGGUACUACACUAAUCACUUUUGUUCACUUAUUUACAAGGAAGCUAAAACUAGCGCCCUGCUACAUUAUCCAUAUCACGAUAAGUUUUUGGAACAAGUAUUAUUGUGUGGUACAGAAGGUUAUGCUGAAUUCAUGAAUAGUACUUGGAUAAAGGAAAUUUUGAGCUGGCAAGAGGCAGAGGGUUGCUUUAAAAGCUUAGCAGAAGAUUUUUCUAAAAGGACCAGUAAUAUUAUAGAUUUUGGAUGUUCUGACCAUAGUACUGGGCUUGCGUCCGGUGUUUUAGCAAUUUAUUUAAGAUUUUUAUUAUACACAAUCAUCUCAUAUUAA